UUAGUUGUUAGCAGAUGACUUGUCACAACACACUCAAAUACCCAUGUGUUACAUCCUUCUGGAACAUCUCCAUAUCAAAAACCAUGCUAUUGUAUAUUAUGUCAGAUGUAUUUGUCAUAAAUGCCUUAUGUAUACAUGUCAUCUAAGAUGCAUUUCAGCUUUCUUUUUUACUGACCGAUCCAGAAAAAUUCUCAAAGCUGGUAUUUUGCUUUCUUUUUCUUCACCUUAACACAUAUAAUGUCCAUUAAUACACACCUUUUAGCAGAGGCUGUUCCCUUGGCAGAUGUGGUUUAAUAUCUUUGAUGGAUGUGAAUAAUUACCAAGCUUAGAACACAUUAAUAGGGAUUCUGCCAAACCACUAACCUUGUGUAAUUGAUUGACCUAAGUAAACACCCUUUGUGGCCCAAUGAAUUAUAAAAAGAGAGUACUGAGUAAAUGAAUGCCACUGGCUUCCAAACCAACUGAAACCAUGAAAGUGAUAUUAUUGGCUCUGGUUUAUAUUCCAUUUACCAUAGCUGUAGAAAGGAUCCCUUUAGUUCGAUUUAAAUCCAUCAAGAAGCAACUUCAUGAAAGGGGAGAUCUGGAGGUAUUUUGGAGUAAUCACCAACCUGACAUUUUUGCACGGAGAUACCUGCAUUGCUUCCCUUCAGAUAUCUUUUUACCAGCUACUUCAGAAAGGCUGUAUGAUUACAUGGAUGCCCAGUACUAUGGGGUGGUAAUGGUUGGGACCCCUCCUCAGAAAUUCACAGUGGUAUUCGACACUGGAUCGUCCAAUUUUUGGGUUCCUUCAGCCUACUGCAUCAGUGAAGCCUGCAGCGUUCAUGAAAGAUUCAAAUCCUUUCUAUCAAACUCCUAUCAGCAUGGAGGUCAAGCCUUUUCUCUACAGUAUGGUACUGGGCAGCUUCUAGGCAUUGCUGGCAAAGACACAGUACAAAUUAGCAAUAUUUCUAUAGAGGCACAGGAUUUUGGAGAGUCUGUCUUUGAACCAGGCAUGACCUUUGCCCUUGCACACUUUGAUGGAGUGCUGGGUUUAGGAUAUCCAUCUUUGGCAGUCGGCAAUGCUCUUCCAGUGUUUGACAGUAUGAUGAACCAACGCUUAGUAGAGGAGCCAGUGUUUUCUUUCCACUUGAACAGAGGAAACAACAUUGAAAAUGGUGGAGAAUUAAUCUUAGGGGGCAUAGAUCAUUCCCGCUACAAAGGUUCAAUUCACUGGGUCCCAGUCACUGAGAAAAGCUACUGGCAAAUUCAUGUUAACAACGUGAAAAUCCAGGGACGGAUUGUGUUUUGUGCUCAUGGUUGUGAAGCCAUUGUUGAUUCAGGAACUUCUCUUAUUACUGGCCCCUCUUCCCAAAUAAGACGCCUUCAGGAGUCCAUUGGGGCAAGUCCAACGCAAACUGGAGAGUUCAUUGUAGACUGUAGAAGACUCUCAAGCUUGCCACAUAUAAGCUUCACUAUUGGACACAAAGAAUACAAGUUAACAGCGGAACAGUAUAUAAUAAAGGAAUCCAUAGAUGGAAGAUCCUUGUGUAUCAGUGGCUUUCAGUCUCUGGACAUCGCCACUCACUCUGGACAGCUUUGGAUCUUAGGAGAUGUAUUUAUGUCUGUAUACUACUGUGUUUUUGAUCGUGGACAUGACAGAGUGGGGUUUGCAAAAAGUGUUCAUAGAAAGGAGCAUUUGUAAGGUCUUACUGACAUCAAUUCUUCCAUAAACAAAAAGAAUGUUAUUGCAAUGGAUAUGAAAUGUGUUUGUAAGGAUAGAACCUCCCUCCUCUUUCUCCUCCUGCCCCCAAAUUUGCUAGGGAUUUAGGGUGCACUCUAGCUCCAUUUUUUUCAGCUUGGUCCCAUCUCUAUAGAUUUAUAACUGAGAGAGACAAUUAUUUAUUUAUAAAAUCAGUGACUGGGAGCCCUAAGAAGGGCUGUGUCACUAGUAAGUGAUUAAAAUGUCAACAACUUGCCUGCAGGAUUUCUAAUAGGGUGGGAAGGAAAGUGUACUUAGGAGAAGGUUGCUAAAUAAUGCAAACCUUAUUGUGUGUCAGUUACAAUGGUGUGAAACCAAUCCUAGUUGGAUCAUUUCCACAUGUGUCUCUUUUCUUUCCUGUCAGUUUCCCUUUGUUUUUUUCCCCCUACUGCCGUCUGUUUCUUGACCACAUCAUUUGUCCUUGUUAUCACUCAGUUGUUACUUUCAUUUUUCAUAUUCUUUAUUGGGGUUUUGUUCUUCCCUUUCCACCUUUAGCUUCAUAGAAUCUCUUUAGUGGCCAAAUCCCAUUAAUUUAAACAGGAGUUUAAAUCAAUCCUUUGUGGACUGAGACUGAAUCCCUGCCCCUCCUGGAUGUGUCACACAAGACACUGACUGUAUAGUAGCAUCAUGUGGCAAAAAACAUGAUACGAUGGUACUGCACAGUAGUAUUAGGUCACUAUGCAGUAGCAUCACAAAAAAGGCAUUUGCCAGCACUACUACACAGCAAUUCGGGUUACUGCACAUUUAUUCAGUACUUAUAUAAAGGACAAGGAUAUACAUUUACUAAAUAAAUGCGCAGUAGUGUCUCGUGUAGACGUGGCCCCUGUCUCUUAAACAUAAUUUCCUGCUAUUGGACCUACCCUUUUCCUCAGGUCUAUUCUUGUAUUUUCUACUUUCUUUUCCCCUUUAGUUAUUGCGUUUUUUUAAUUACCAAGUCUUUAGUAAGAUGCUGCCUUUAGUCUCUGACAUCUUCACACUUUGAUGGAUUAAAGCAUCUGGGAUUGGCAUCCACUUGCAUGACAAGAAUUUGGACAGGGAAACAGGGAUGAUGCAAUAAUAGCAAAAUGCCAGUUAUGUAGGAAUGACACAGAAGCAUCACCACGUUCCCUGAAGGUUAUGGAACUACUAUCUCAGGUCUAGAUCAGAGCUGUCCCUUGCUUAGGGUUGCAUCAUAAGGAAUGGCAGCAUUGCCAGAAAUGAAAAGUAGUCAGAGAUAGCUAAGCUGUUCUCAGUUGCAUUGUUGAUUUUUUGCAAUCAUGAUUUUAUCUAAUUUAGACCUAUUUGAAUAUUUGUUUUGCUUGUUAGAACUGAUCUGAGGUAUGGAUAUACAAAUAAAUGAAACCAAUCAAGCA